GUGAGCGAGAGAGCGGGCCUAGUCUACCUGCGUACCUCCACGCGUCUGUGCGUCGACUCCCAAGGCUGAACGGACUACGACUUUCUCGUCAGCUCUGCCUUGCCGUCUUAACCUCAACGCCAACCUCAACAUCAUCCUCCACCUCACCAGCAUGUCCCUCCGCACCAGCAGCAGCAGCAGCUCCUCGAACAGCAACAGCUGGGGAGACCCACGUCCCACCACUACUGGACCGGGGGGAGUAGAAAAGGUGUGGAGCGAUGAGCCCACUCCCGCUCCCGCGCCCGCCGCCUCUUCCUCGAACGAUCGACCCCAGCAAGGCGAGAUGUCAACACAACGUCCUCCCACGUCUUCGUGGCGUGAGCUCAGGGCGCAACAAGGUGGACAGGGAGGUGGUACGUCCUCCUCUUCUGUAGCGCAACAGGGGCGACAGCAACAGCAGCAGCGGCAGCAAUCCUACGGCUCACCGUGGGAUCGACCUGCAAGUGACAACGGCGGCGGCGGCGGCGGCGAUGCAGGACAGGGAGAGGAAUUGGUUCCUGGCCAGUUUACUCAGAGAGAAGUCUCCUACCUCCCAACCCUCCAAUCCUCCCGCCUCCAAUCCCGUCGCAUAGGCUACCUCCUCGGCGCAGGCUCUACCUUCGCCCUCUUCCAAUACCAUCGCUAUCGCACCCUCCCGGCACCCCGCCCUUCUCGCUCCCCCUUCCAAAUCGCAAUGCUAGGCUUCGUAGUGCUGGGCGUGGGGGCUCCCUUAGGUGGGUUCUUGGGGGAGUUGAGAGGAGCCUACAAUGGUGUCAAGGGGGCUAAGGGUCAGGUGGAGGAUCAGAUGCAUUUUUUGCAGACUUUGGCGAUGAGGGAGAGGGAAGGGGUGGAUAGGGCUAGGCAGGGUUUAAGGGAGGGGAGAGGGAAGGGGGCGGAAGGGAGGGAGCAGCAGGGAGAGAGGGAUUUGGUCGGUAGCGAGGUGGGAGGAGCGGGAGGAGAAGGAGCAUACCGCGGAGAGGAUCAGUCGCCGCUACCUCAAGGGACGCCAGCUUCGUCUUCGUGGCAAGCCAUUCGAUCACAGCGGCUCGCUUCCCCUUCUCCUUCCUACUCGCCCUCCUCGUCAGCCUCCCCGCCAGAGUCCGACCCCUUUUCCCCACCUCCUUCCUCGGCCGCAGCAGCAGCCAACGGCGAGUCGGGCGAUGCUUUGUCAGGCGGAGGAAGUCGCUGGGCUCAGCUUCGUCGGUUCAACACCAAGAGCGGGACGACGUGGGAUCGUUUGAGGGCGGGAGAGGGUGGUGGUAGUGUCGGAGGACGUCAGCCGCCUAGAGAGGAGCAAGAGCAACAGCAAAGGGAGGAGACGUGGUAGCUAUCCCAACGAGUAGCGGGAAGCGAGUGCCGCUAGGACAAUGGAAACAAGAGAACAGACUUCACGUCACGCAAGCGUCAAAUGUGCUGAUGCGGGAAGUUCGAUUGA